AUGGAGGGAGGAGGAAGGGGCCAUGGGGACUCCACCACGGACCUGUCCAGACAUCGCAGCGCCUCUUUGGAGCUCAGAGAGAAAGAAAUCCGAGAAAAGGGCUCAGAAAUCCUCAGGGAACAGCUGGAUGCGGCCAAGAGGGAACUGAAACUCAAGGACAAGGAGUGUGAGCGGUUAUCACAGGUCAGGGAUCAGCUGGAGCAGGAGCUGGAGGAGCUGACGGCCAGUCUGUUUGAGGAAGCUCAUAAAAUGGUUCGAGACGCCAACGUAAAGCAAGCGACGGCAGAGAAGCAAUUAAAAGAGGCGCAGGGGAAGAUUGAUGUUCUCACAGCAGAAGUGACCGCUCUGAAGGCUCUGGUGCUGACCUCCACUCCGGCCUCACCGAAUCGCCAGCUCCACCCGCAGCUGCAGUCCUCGUCCACAAGGGGAGCUCACAAACACAUGGGCCACAGUCGAAACAAAAGCACGAGUGGUGUCUUUUCACAGACGAAUGGAAAAACGGACCAACCCUCGGACUCUCCUCAGCCGCCUGCGAAAGAGGACAGAGAGAUGGAUUCAGUUUUAUUCGCUGAGUUUUUAAUGUGGAAAGAAGAUCCAGGUUUGGAGCGUUCUUCUGCAUUUCUGAGUCGGAUUCACAAAGAAGACAUCGGCCCCUGUCUCUCCUUCACCCGCUCUGAGUUGUCUCUGAUGGUGCAAAGUGCAGUGGAAAACAAUUCUUUAACCAUUGAGCUUGUGGCCAUGUCAGCAUUACCCACGGUUAAGGCCCCUGCGCUGGACUGCGGAGGCCCUAAUGGCUUUAGGGCAGCAAUAGAAACGAACUGUGCAUUGAGUGGCUUGCCCCGAAUGUGCAGACACCGCAUCAAACUUGGCGACAAAGGAAACUACUAUUAUAUCUCUCCUUCGAGUCGAGCAAGGAUCACAGCCGUUUGUAACUUUUUCACCUACAUCCGGUACAUUCAGCAGGGCCUGGUUAGAAAUAAUGCGGAGCAAAUGUUUUGGGAGGUGAUGAGACUACGGAAAGAGAUGAGCGUGGCAAAGUUAGGUUUCUACGUCACGGACCAGGGAUAA